UUCUCUCGGGGUGAGCAGAGUUUAAAUACAACCCCAUCCAUCCCCUCGUUCUCUCCAUCCCCUCUUUCUCUCCGUCCCAACCCAAGGUUGGCGACAUUUUCUUACAACUCUCCCUCUCCAUCCCCUCUUUCUCUCCGUCCCAACCCAAUCUCCAUCCCCUCUUUCUCUCCGUCCCAACCCAAGGUUGGCGACAUUUUCAUACGACUCUCUCUCUCUCCAUCCCCUAUUUCUCUCCGUCCCAACCCAAGGUCGGCGACAUUUUCAUACAACUCUCUCUCUCUCUCUCUCUCUCUGCCCUCCAUUGUUGCCGCGAGAGACUGAGGAAAAUUGUUGAACUAGUUGGAAGGCAUUGAACUCCAGCUUCGAUCAUGGCUAAAGAAAAUCUUGAGGUGCUAAAUGCACUCGAUGUGGCCAAGACACAAUGGUACCAUUUCACCGCCAUCAUCAUUGCCGGCAUGGGGUUCUUCACCGACGCGUAUGAUCUCUUUUGCGUUUCCCUCGUCACGAAGCUCCUCGGUCGCAUAUACUACUAUGAGGGUAAGGAUAAGCCUGGCUCGCUCCCUCCGAACGUGGCUGCCGCUGUCAACGGCGUCGCCUUCUGCGGUACUCUAGCCGGCCAGCUCUUCUUCGGCUGGCUUGGGGACAAAUUAGGUCGGAAGCGUGUCUAUGGUUUAACCCUCCUUAUUAUGAUCAUCUGCUCCGUCGGCUCCGGCUUGUCCUUUGGGGAUUCACGGAAUAGUGUUAUAGCAACCCUAUGCUUCUUCCGAUUCUGGCUCGGGUUUGGGAUCGGAGGGGAUUACCCACUCUCCGCCACCAUCAUGUCGGAGUACGCGAACAAGAAGACUCGUGGGGCAUUCAUCGCUGCAGUGUUUGCGAUGCAAGGGUUUGGGAUUUUGGGGGGUGGGAUCGUCGCUUUGAUUGUCUCCUCAGCAUUCGAUCAUAAGUUUAAGGCCCCGGCUUACAAAGACAAUCCAGUGGGCUCGACCGUUCCUCAAGCCGAUUACGUGUGGCGUAUCAUUGUCAUGCUCGGUGCAGUACCCGCGGCCCUCACUUAUUAUUAUAGAAUGAAAAUGCCUGAAACUGCUCGUUACACCGCCCUCGUCGCAAGAAACGGAAAGCAGGCAGCUGCAGACAUGUCUAAGGUGUUGCAAGUGGAUAUUGAAUCAGAACAAGAGAAGGUGGAGAAAUUUACCCAAGAUCCCCGCAACAGCUAUGGCCUUUUCUCGAAGGAAUUCGCCCGCCGCCACGGCCUCCACCUCGUAGGGACAGCCACCACGUGGUUCUUGCUCGACAUCGCUUUCUAUAGCCAAAACCUCUUCCAAAAGGACAUUUUCACCGCGAUCGGGUGGCUCCCAGCGGCGAAGGAGAUGAACGCCAUUCAAGAGGUAUACAAAAUUGCUAAGGCACAAACCCUGAUCGCUCUUUGCAGUACUGUGCCUGGGUAUUGGUUCACUGUCGCGACGAUCGAUUACAUCGGAAGAUUCUUCAUCCAAAUGAUGGGUUUCGCCAUGAUGUCAAUCUUCAUGUUUGCCAUCGCCAUCCCAUACAACCACUGGAAACAUCACCAUAUAGGAUUCGUCGUGAUGUACUCACUCACCUUCUUCUUCGCCAACUUCGGGCCAAACGCAACAACAUUCAUUGUUCCCGCUGAGAUCUUCCCGGCGCGGUUGAGAUCCACAUGCCAUGGCAUAUCGGCGGCUGCAGGGAAAGCUGGAGCCAUUGUUGGGGCUUUUGGGUUCUUGUAUGCGGCGCAGGAUAAAACAAGCCCCGAUGCAGGUUAUAAGCCGGGUAUCGGCGUGAAGAAUGCAUUGCUUGUGCUUGGGGGGAUUAAUCUUGCGGGAAUGUUGUUCACUUUGCUCGUGCCGGAGCCAAAGGGCAGGUCACUGGAGGAAAUUGGAGGAGAGAACGUGGAUGAUAAUGAGAUGGGUGAAGGUAGGGAGAUGCAGCCUCCUUCAUUGGGACCAUUUGGUGGUUAGAGAAUUCGACCAAGAAAAACAAAAAAAGUGUGGUUGUAGGAGGAGAAUUUUGUUGUUUGUUCUUGAAUUUACGUUGUUUUGGUUUAAUAUUGGUGUAGAUAGAUUCCCUCCACAAUGUGAUUUUUCCUUGGAUGGCAUGAUUCGACUUUGUUUCAUUGCCGGUAUAUGUAAUCCUCUAUUUGCUUUGCUGAUACUUGUUUUAAUAAUAUUGAUCAAAAAUUGCUUCUUCUUUUCUAAAGUCGGCUAUUCUAAUGAAAUAAUUAAUUUCUC